AUUAAAUCUUCUUAUAUAAUUAAUGUUAUUUCUUAGAAGCAUCAUUUGUUGUAAAUAUGUAAUAAACAACUCCACCGCAUCAAGUUUUUCUCUUUAUAUGACCACCCAUUAAGUCUUUGCAUAGUCCUAAAGCUUAAAAAGAUGAAUUGGAAGUUGGUUUUGCUAAUUGGUUGGAUUCUCCUCUCGUCUAUUGCAUCAAACCCAGCUUUGGCUAAAGUUACUUAUCCAACUCGCACAACAAGAAAAUGGCUUGGAAAUAUACACAUCAGCAAAGGAAUGAAGAUUGGCUUUACAGGCAGUUUUUCUAGACCUGCUCCUCACGGAGGCGGUCCACCGAAGAUCAUUUCUAAGUUAUGACAUGUAACGAUCUUAAUUAGCGAUCCAAUCUAUAUAUAAUCUAUUAACUUGUGAUUUCUGAUUAUUUGUAAAGUUGUUUCAUUGUGUGUGAUACUCUUCGAAUAAAUUAAAUGAAACUUCGAUAUGUAAAUUAUUAUUUAGUUCACUAUACGAUUUAAAAUCGAGUAUUGAGUGACAACAAG